UGCUUUAUAAAUUUAAGUGUUCUGUUGAACACAAAAGAAGAUAUUUUGAAGAAUGUACAGUUCUGGGUCACUUUUGACUACCAUUGUAAUUUUUCCUACUAUGGUAGUCAAUGGGGUCCAAGAACUGUUUGGUUACAAACAUUCGUCCAAAUAUCUUUCUCUGUGCUCAACCAAACAAAGACAUUUAUACAGAUUUGGAACAACUAGAGAGAGAGAGAGUGAGUCAUUCAUGACAGAUUUUCAUUAUUGGGCGAACUGUCCCUUUAAGGCACCUCUUUGGAUAUAGGUGUGGCAUGUUGACAAGCAGUCUUGACUAAAAAGUGAAACUAACAGUUGGUUUGAUGCUCUACAAAUAGGAUGAAGUUGUGUUUGAGUCCGCUAGGCGGCGCUCGUCUCUCUGUAUUGUACUUAACGUUUGCGAUCGGCGCGUGCUGACGGAGCUUCACAUGAAGGGCUGCAUCAGGAGCGCGCGGGCGGACAUGGACAACACUCAAACAUCUUCACUUUACUGGAUCUCCAUGACCUUCACAUAUGGUCUUUCUUCAAUGACAAGAUCUUGUUAACGUGUCCGCGGUCCAAGGGCUCAAACUAGCUUUGUUUGAAUCUACUUACUUGUUAUUUGACCGGACAUCUGUGGGGAAACUUGGAGAAGACCAGAUUCUGGAUUUACUCACUUUUGCUGUUAAACACUUUUAAAUGAAUGAAAUGAACUAACGUUAGAGAUAUCUAUCUAUAAAAUAUGCCAACGAGGACUAAGCUUGACAUUUGUUUUCCGUAACAAUCUUGGAUUUUACAUAUGAGGAUAUUUCGAGGAAUCCUCACAAGAAAAACAGGAUGAAAAUGCAACUGUUGCGCGUGUUUUGUUUGCUGGUGUGUUGUGAAGUCUCGGUGGUUUUCACGCGUAUUCCUAACGGGACCGAUGUCAAUUCAGACGUCGAUUAUUUGACUUCAGAAUCACGUCAAGUCAGGACUGACAGCCUGAAACGACGUGCAACUUCCGAUAACUUUAACGACGAACAAAUACAAUCCCCAGGUUUGUCUGGAACGAUCAAAACGAUUCAAUUAAUAACCGAGAAUGACUCGGUCACUGUAAAUAGAGGACCGUCGAGACAGAAACACGAAAACGCUCGCGCUUUGGACAAAUACAGUCAAACCAAGUCGUUUCUGAGACAAGUACGCGACAAAAGUGGCUUCAAAGUGGGUCAUCGCCGACAGAAAAGAGAGACGGUGAAUAAGACGAGAAAUGAACAAGACAGGAAUCGAGUUACUGAGUCGUCCAAGGAUAAACUUCAGACAUUCCCGAAGCCUGCAGCGCAGGUCCAACCCACAAACUUCCCAGAUGAUCCCACAACCCUCCCCGAGUGGGACGUCUCACCUGUGGAAGACUAUGAGGAACCGUAUACUCCAUUGGGUCCCUUUAACACCAGCUCGAGGACCCCAGGUGUGAAGAACCCCUUUUACCCCGUGACAGGUGACUCGUAUGGCGCAUAUGCCGUCGUGUGUAUAUCCGUCGUCAUCUUCACCGUGGGAAUUAUCGGGAAUAUUGCGAUCAUGUGUAUAGUUUGUCACAAUUACUACAUGAGGAGCAUCUCAAACUCACUGCUGGCCAAUCUGGCCCUGUGGGAUUUUGUCAACCUCUUUUUCUGCCUGCCCCUCGUGAUAUUCCACGAGCUCACUAAGGAUUGGCUGCUUGGGGAGUUUUCCUGUAAAAUUAUUCCUUAUAUUGAGGUGGCUUCUGUUGGAGUCACAACAUUUACAUUGUGCGCGUUGUGCAUUGACCGUUUCCGUGCUGCGAGCAACGUCCAGAUGUACUACGAGAUGAUCGAGAACUGCACUUCCACUACGGCCAAACUGACUGUGAUCUGGCUCGGCGCUCUGCUCCUGGCCCUGCCCGAGCUCCUCAUCCGGCAGCUGGUUAGAGAAGAACGCGAGCCUCCGGAGGUGACGCCAUGCGAGCACUGCGUGGUCCGGAUCUCCACGUCCCUCCCGGACACUCUUUACGUGCUCGGCCUCACCUACAACAGCGCCCGUCUCUGGUGGUACUUCGGCUGCUACUUCUGCCUGCCCACCGUCUUCACCAUCAUCAGUUCGGUGGCGAGCGCUCGCAAGAUCUCCAAAGCCGAGCGUGCCAGCGUCCGUGGCAACCGCAAGCAGAUCCAGUUGGAGAGCCAGAUGAAUUGUACGGUGGUGGCUUUGGCAAUCGUGUACGGUUUCUGCGUUAUUCCGGAGAACAUCAGCAACAUUGUUUCGGUGUACAUGGCCACGAGCGUGCCGCGUCGCACGCUGGACAUCCUGCAUCUGGUGAGUCAGGUGAUGCUCUUCUGCAAAUCCGCGUUUACGCCCGUGCUCCUUUUGGUGCUUUGUCGGCCUUUCGGUAAGGCUUUUUUGGACUGCUGCUGUUGUUGUUUGGAGGAAUGCGGGCCGAUGAAGUCCUCCGACGCCACCAGCGAUGAAAAUGUCCAGGAUGGCACCACCGAACUUGAGCUUUCGCCGUACAGCACCGUCCGUACGGAGCCAUCUACCUUAGCGACAGUGGGAACACACUGUUGAGGUUGAACCCCUACCUGUGAGGUGCGGGUACAUUACAAAGGGCUUCGUACUGAAUAAACCACUUGAGAGAAGUUAUUUUACACAGUUUUAAGAUGUGCAGUUCUUGUUUUUACACUGUAUUAUGUUAGGCUUUGUUUUGGGGGGAGAUACCCACAAACCUUGAAAAUAUGGAUACAGAAAAAUUAUUAAAGGACAGAUGAUCUUAGAGAUUCAAAUACCUAUUGCUGUUUACGACAGAAAACGUGAGUAUCAUGUAUAGUUUGGUGAACGUUUAUAGAAGUAUUGAAGGAUUAUGAAUUAAUUCACAUGCAACUGUUAUUUUUGCACAGUUUUCUUACCCCUAGAGUUUGUUUUAUUUUUAUCGGAUCGUUUCUGUUUUUGUAUUUAUGUUCUGUCUUUAAGACUUGCAGAAAGUAAUAUAUAGAACUAGCGGUUUGUAGGGUUUGUUUUUUGUGGACAUUGGCGAUUCUUGUGAAUCGGUUAAAAGUCAAGCCUAGGUCCCUUGCUAUGUAAGUAUUGAAUUCACUCUGUAUUUGCUAGCAGAAAUUGUACGAUGCUCUUCAAUUCGGAGGAGCAGAUGUUGUUUUAGCCAAGAUAUCACUUUUUAAUAAAAGAAGCUGAAAGGUC